CAGCUAGCCUCGGAGCUGUUUUUGCUUGAGUUCGCCGCCGUGUGCGUGCGUUUCUUGGGUUGAGGAGGAUGUGGUGCUGCGCCGGCGAGAGGGAGGAGUACCACGGCCCGCCGCCCGGCAGCCUUGCCAUGCCGCCCCCCCGAGCACCAGCGCAAGCGAGAGGGCCGAACGCGCCGAGGAACGGCGUGGGGCCAGCCAAGGUGCUGCCGAUCGACGUCCCGGCGGUGACACUGGCGGAGCUCAACCGCCUCACGGGCAACUUCGGCGCCCGGUCGCUGGUCGGGGAGGGGUCCUACGGCCGCGUGUACCGCGCCAAGCUAGCCACGGGGGAGACCGUGGCCGUCAAGAUGUUCGACAACGGCGGCUCCGGGCAGUCGGAGGCCGAGUUCUGCGCGCAGCUGUCGGUGGUGUCGAGGCUCAAGUGCGGCCACUUCACGCAGCUGCUGGGCUACUGCCUGGAGCUCAACAACCGGAUCGUGCUCUACGAGUUCGCCACCAACGGCUCGCUCUACGACAUCCUGCACGGGAAGAAGGGCGUGCAGGGCGCCGAGCCCGGGCCGGCGCUCACGUGGGGCCAGCGCGCCCGGGUGGCCCUCGGCGCCGCCAGGGGCCUCGAGUACCUGCACGAGAAGGUGCAGCCGUCCGUGAUCCACCGCGACGUCCGCUCCAGCAACGUGCUCGUGUUCGACGGCCACGAGGGCAAGAUCGCCGACUUCAACCUCACCAACCAGUCCGCCGACACCGCCGCGCGCCUCCACUCCACCAAGGUGCUCGGUACGUUUGGGUACCACGCGCCCGAGUACGCCAUGACGGGCCAGCUCACGCACAAGAGCGACGUCUACAGUUUUGGGGUCGUCCUCCUCGAGCUCCUCACCGGCAGGAAGCCCGUCGACCACACCAUGCCCAAAGGCCAGCAGAGCCUCGUCACCUGGGCCACGCCGAGACUGAGCGAGGACAAGGUCAUGCAGUGCAUCGAUCCCAAGCUCAACAACGACUACCCGCCAAAAGCAGUGGCCAAGCUCGCGGCGGUGGCGGCCUUGUGCGUGCAGUACGAAGCCGACUUCAGGCCCAACAUGACCAUUGUCGUCAAGGCUCUCCAGCCACUUGUCGGUGCCCGUCCGGGAGGAGGAGAUCACUAGCUUAGAGAGAGAUCCAUGUCAUGCAUGUCAAGGCCUUCGCCCUCUCCCGCAGCUAGCCCUCUCCUGCAGCUAGAUUUCUUUUGGUGGAAGCCGCAUUCAUAUGUUUAAAUCGUACUAGAAUGCUCAUUUUUUUCCGAAUUUAUUCAGUAUACAAUCAUGUGGGUGCAUUGCAUGUAUGCACGUGAGUGUUUACGUCACUGUUGCGUUUCUCCAAAAAAUAGAUAGGGUCUUGAGCCUCUCGAAAUGGGCAACAAAACUUGGCAAAACCAGACAGGGUUUUCUAGGGAAGGUGGUAUAGCAGUGGCAAAUCUACUAGAUGGGCUUUAACAGGCCCAAGGAUCAGCCUGGCCGACUGUUGCUACUUGCCCGUCAUCAAGCCCACACAACCACUGCUCGCAUGAGGUAGUUCCUUUAUUACAUAGAGGCAGAGACCAGACU